AUGGCUCCAAGUACUGUAAAAGUUCCUCAUGAUAAUCGAAUAAGUUUCCUUGAUAUUCGUACUAUUUUAUAUUCUAUUAUAUUUGGUAUUUUAUUUGGAUUUUUUAUGAACAAAGGUACAGUAUUUGUAGCUCCUACUAUUCGUAAACAAAUGUUAUUUCAACGUUUUGCAAUGUUAAAAAUGUUUCUUGCUGCUGUUGGAACAUCAAUGUUAAGUGUAGCUUUACUUACUUUUACUUCUCAUAAAUUAUAUGAAAAAAUCGUUAAUGGUUAUAUUGAACAUAAUAGUCGUCGUGGAAUUCUUCAUUAUAUAUUUGGUGGUACUCUUAUUGGAUUAGGAAUGAUAACAUGUGGAAGUUGUCCAGGAACAGUUUUUGUUCAAGUUGGUUCAGGUAUUGUUAAUUCUCUAUUUACUUGUUUGGGUGGUGUUCUUGGUACAUAUUUUUAUUAUAUAUUUGUACAUGAACAAGUUUCACUUGAAAAACUUCCUUCAUCAUCUCUUGUUCUUCGACGUAUUUGUGACAUAUUUCAUAUUCAUAGUAUUAUUGUUCAUACAAUAUUUGGUAUUAUUCUUCUUGGUUUAUCAAUUGGUUUAGAAUUUGUUAUUCCUUGGAAAUCUGAUUUAAAUUCUAGUCUAUUAAGAAAAGGUACUAUGAAUCCAAAUAGUGCAUUAGGUCAUUUUUUGGGUAUGGCUGCUUGGCCACCAUCAGCUUGUGGUGCUGGUGUUGGUAUUUUACAAUUAUUUUUUAUAUUUUUUCUUGAGAAAUCCUUAGGAAUCUCAUCAGCAUUUACUGUAUUUGCUGCACAAAUAUGUCGAAUUAAAAAAGUCGGUCAAGCAUUACCAUCAUUAAAUUCAUUUGCCUAUGGUUUAAAAAAUCAUGUAUCUCUUCUUUUUGCAUUCGGAGCUAUUUUUGGUAGUGCUCUAUCAUCAAGUUUAUCAGGAACAAUUCCAUUAGGUGCAGAAAAUGGAACAAAUAUAUUUAGUAGUAUUCUUGGAGGAUUUAUAUUAUUGUUAGGAGCACGUUGUGCUGGAGGAUGUACUAGUGGUCAAGGAAUUUCAGGUAUGACACAUCUUUUAGUUGGUUCAUUUAUCACUACAGCGAGUAUAUUUGGUGGUGGCAUUAUUUUUGCUUUCAGCACUUUAUUGAGUAAUAAUGAAUGGGGCUUUUACAAUCUUUGA